GCCUCACCGAAAAUAGUGUUUUAUUUCAUUUCAUUCAGUCGUUUAAAUUUCAGUUAUAUCAAAAACCUAUUGCUAAAUCAUCAGUUAUUCUUUAUCCGGUGCAAAUAUUCUCGAUUAUAUCAACACAUUUCAACAAGAACACCUCCGACACCAAAAGGGAUCGAUCGAGCAGCUUAUCUUCAUCCCAUCUUACGUCAUCAAGAUCCAGCAAAAAAAUGAGAGUUGAAGUUCCGGUUUCUACAUCUGCUUCAACAGCGACUAUAAUCCCAUCCAUUCCAGAUGCAGAUAUUCCUCCAGCGCUUGUUAUUAACGAGGGCCCCAUUCCUACAAUCAUCGAAUGCAACGAACCACAAAUCAUCCCGUCGAACACCUGCCUCAUCGCCAAAGACACGAAUUUGGCCCAGACUAUUACCACCGCUAUUAUCCCAGCAAAUAGCAUCGCCACCAAUCACGCCACGCCUGCGACACCCUCCGCUAGUAUCAUUGCCAGUACUUCCAUAACCGCCCAGCAACAACAAUUGCAAGCCACCCUAGCACCUUCCGCUUCAAUUAUCUUACGCUCCACCGAUAAAUGCACGCAAACCGAAUCAAGCCCUAAGCCACAAAGACCACGUGCCCCUGCUGCUGCUGUUGCUGCUGCUGCUGUUGCUGUCUCUGAUGUCUCCAUUCAUCCGUCAAUGAGUGAAGCUAUCACGGCCAACACAGCCGUCUCUGCUGCUCCUGUAUUACCAUCAAUGAAUCCUGCCACAUUCAGCACUACAGCUACAGUUACGAACCCAACGCCUUCCGUUCAACAAUCAAUGACACCACUUCAGCAUGAUGUUAUUGAUUUGACAAAUGCGACUUCAUCUGACGGUAUUUACACAUGUAAUCCACUACAUAGUUCCGUAAGCAAUAUUGUAUCGAAUAAUCGCUCACCUCAUACAAAUGUCCUACCUUCGUUUUCUAAUACUGCCACGAAUAAUUUGCAAAUUGUGACAUCUUCUAGCAGGCCGCAACUAGCUAUUGCUCCUCCAGCACCAUCGACACCAAUACAAACCAAUAGUAGUAAUAACUGGUAUUAUCUAACGCGGUUCCUACCUCAUGAAACAGAAGCAAACAUAAUCAACUAUAUUGCACGUCGUGCCAAUUGCAAUCCUAAUCAAGUCAUCUGUCAUAAGCUUUGGGUCGCAAAUUAUGCUGAAUUCUUCCACAUUGUGAUGCAGCUGACACUAAUGGCGCUCGUCAUCAUUGCACCGAAAGUUGUUCUGUCGCAUAGUCCCGUGAUUAUGCCGAAGGUGCCCGGGUCGGACGUCAUAACAAGGGAUCGAAUAGAGUGCAAACAACUCUUUCAUGAGAGCACAGAACCGGCAGCAACAGUUAUCCUCGACUCGUCCUUCAUUGUUGUGCUGCUGCGACAAGUACUAACGACUGCCGAACGAUUCACGUCGAUUUGCAUGAAACACGGUUCCGGGUCGGUGAUGGGAUCAGAAAUAUCCUGGUGGGAAUAA